AUGGGGAAGAAACAGCACAGUAAAGAUCGAAUGUUCAUAACGAAGACUGAAUGGGCUACCGAGUGGGGCGGCGCUAAAUCGAAGGAAAUCCGUACUCCUUUCAAACGUCUACCCUUCUAUUGCUGCGCGCUUACAUUUACGCCUUUCGAAGACCCCGUGUGCUCCGAAGAUGGAAGUGUUUUUGACCUAAUGAAUAUAAUGCCAUACAUUAGGAAAUAUGGAAAGCAUCCAGUUACAGGAGCUCCUUUAAAGCUAGAGCAGCUUAUUCCGCUUACUUUCCACAAGAACACAGAAGGUGAGUUCCAAUGUCCUGUCUUGAACAAGGUCUUUACAGAAUUUACCCACAUCGUUGCUGUAAAGACUACAGGCAAUGUCUUCUGUUAUGAGGCAAUUAAAGAAUUAAACAUCAAAACAAAGAACUGGAAGGAACUUCUUACUGAUGAACCAUUUACUAAAGAAGAUAUCAUUACAAUUCAGAAUCCUAAUGCACUGGACACCAGGGUGCUUGUGGAUUUUGAUCAUGUCAAAAAAAGUUUGAAGGUUGAUGAUGAAGAAUUGAAGAAAAUGCAAUCUGAACCAACUUACAAUAUAAAUGUUACUGGGGAUAUCAAACAAAUGCUAAAGGAUCUUGGUACUGAGAAAGCAAAGGAGAUUGCAUUGCAUGGUGGAGGUGGGAGCAAGGCACAAAAUGAAAGAGCGGCUGCGCUUACUGCCAUUUUAGAUGCCAGAUCACGUAUCAAAGACAAAUCAGAUGAAAAUGGUGAAGGUCAACCUAAACAAACUUUCAGCAUUGUAGAUGCAGCUUCUGCAUCAGUUCAUGGAAGAAGUGCUGCUGCUGCUAAGUCUGCUUCUGGCGAUAAAGCUGCUGCUCGGAUUGCUUUGCACAUGGCAGGAGAAAGGACACCAGUAAAUGCUAAACUGGUUAAGAGUCGUUUCACAUCUGGUGCAGCUUCACGAUCCUUCACUUCUACCAGUUAUGAUCCUGUGACGAAAAAUGAAUAUGAAUAUGUCAAAGUUGAGAAAAACCCCAAGAAGAAAGGUUAUGUUCGGUUGCAGACAACACACGGUGAUUUAAACAUUGAACUGCACUGUGAUAUGACACCAAGAACGUGUGAGAACUUCAUCACUUUGUGUGAACGUGGUUAUUAUAAUGGAGUGGCUUUCCACAGAAACAUUCGGAAUUUCAUGAUUCAAGGCGGUGAUCCUACGGGCACAGGAAGAGGUGGUGAGUCUAUCUGGGGAAAGCCAUUCAAAGAUGAAGUGAACUCCAAGUUGUUACAUUCAGGAAGAGGUGUUGUUAGCAUGGCAAACUCAGGCCCGCAUUCAAAUGGUUCUCAAUUUUUCAUCCUGUACAAGUCUGCAAAUCAUUUAAAUUACAAACACUCAGUUUUUGGUAUGGUUGUUGGUGGUUUGACAACCCUUUCAGCAAUGGAGAAGGUCCCUGUUGAUGACAAUGACCGCCCUCUGGAAGAAAUCAAGAUAAUUGAUGUAGAGGUGUAUGUCAAUCCCUAUGCAGAAUCUGAUGAUGAAGAAGACGGGGAGAAACCUGAGGACAAAAUUGAGGAUGAGGACAAUGAUAAGGUUGGCUCAUGGUACAGCAACCCUGGAACAGGAACAGACACUCUAGCUGUUGGCGGUGGUGUUGGGAAAUACUUGAAAGCAAGGAAUGUUCAAGCUGAUUCUAAUAGCCUUCCUCCAGUUCCUUCAUCAAAGAAGAGAAAAGUAGGCACCUCCACGGAAUUCAAAAAUUUUUCUGGCUGGUAAUUCUGCAAGCAUAUUGUGCAAGUUAAACUACCUUGCAUUCAGCCAGGAGGUGCGACAUAGUUUACUGAUGCCCAACAGGAAGGUUCUGAGAGAAAUAGAGAAUGGCUUGUUAAGAUCCAGCCUGGGUUCAACCAAAGAGUGAUAAUUGACAGAUCUUUGUUGAUAAAUGUUGAGCAGAAAUUUGUAUUCACCACACAAAUUGUGUUUUUCCAGGCCAUGGCUUUUGAUUCGAUUUAGAAAAAACUUGAAAAAAUGUUUAAAUUGAAUAUCCUUGUUUUUACUUACCAAAGUUGUAACUUGUAACAUAUGCAAUUGGAAAGGAGAAUGUCCAUUGGGAAAAUUGUAUAAUUUCAUUCUUAAAGUGAGUUUUGCUGAUAUUUGUGAUUAAUGCAGUUGAGUUGAUUCA